UGAGAGGCAAGGUAUGUGAGGUCAUAUCUUUUAUUGGACCCAUCACUGUUGGUGCAAGAGACAAGCUGUCGCAGACCUCAAGAGCUGGAUGAGAGCUCGAAAGCUUGUCUCUUGCACCAACAGAGGUGGAUCCAAUAAAAGAUAUCCCCUUGCCUAUAUUGUCUUCAAUGGGCUAGAACCAACAAGGCUACAAGAACAUCACAAACCCAUUAACUAACUUAUCCUCUGCAAGAGGCUUAUUAAUGAUCAAAUUGCUGGCAUGGCUUGUGUGGUGGCAGUGGCCAGAAAAAAGUCAACAAACCCAUUGCCACCUCACUCCCCACAGCCUCCACACACCCACCUCCCGGUUAAUGGCCAAACAUGAGUCAGCCAAAGCCUUUCUGAAUGAGAGGCGAGGUUGCUCCUUUCACUUCCCAUUUGGGUCCAGCCAGUGUGGGAUGGCGAAACUCCAGUCCGGAUGGAGCCAAUGGAAUCUUCCCCAGUCAGUUCUUCAUCACACGGGUUUGGCACACGGUCCCUAUAUAAAGGGGCAGCAGAAGCAGAGCUACGGACAGAAGGAGAAGAACAAAGUGAGCAUCUCCCCAAGCUGCUGCAUCUUGGCUCAGCCAGAGGGGCUGGAGACGCUGAACCACGUGCUGAGCCAUGGACCUCAGAAAAGCCAAGCUGCUCCUGUGGGCCAGGAUGCUCGUGCUGUGGGGCAUGUUUAACCUUCCUCUCCCUGUAGCGUCUGGAGAGAUUCCAGGGUCUUCCCCUCCAAGCCUUCUUGGAAGAGAAUUCAUCACGGCCUUCAUGCAGAACGACUUACAGCCCACGCUCAGCAGCGACUUCCGGCUGCUCAUCACAGCCUAUGACCCAGCCACGUUGAUCACCAUCUCCAUGAAGAAGCCAGCACUCAGGGUGUCUGUCCAGGCGAGUGCUGGCCAGACUGUAACGGUGAAGAUCCCACCCUAUGCUGAGAUGACAGGGUCCACAGUCUUCGACAACACGGUUGUUGUCUGGGCUGACAGUGACAUCUCUGUCCUUUCGUUCAAUUCCAAAUCCAACUCAGCUGACACCACCCCAGUCUACCCGGUGCACAGCCUGGGAACAGAGUAUUACGUCAUCACGCCGACAGUGGGCACUGAUCGCUAUAGAGAGUUUGCCAUUGUGGCCUGGGAGGGCCCCACCACAGUUGAGGUCUACCUGAAAGGGGCUGUCAUUUUCCAAGGAAAGACACACGCUAGAGGGAGCAAACUCACCAUCAAGCUGGAGGCGCAUCAGGCUGCCCAGCUGCAGAGCCCAGUGGAUGUAUCUGGCACCAGAAUUGUUUCCCAGAAGCCUGUGGCUGUCUACGUUGGACACACCUGUGUGACAAGAGCCACCCAGUGCGACCAUGUGUCUGAGCAGCUCCUGCCUGUCUCCAGCUGGGGGACCAGCUUCAUUGUGCCCUCAUUGUCCUCUGAGAGGCAGCAUGAUUUCCUCUACGUCGCCACCUCCCAAACAACUCAGGUGGAAGUUCAAUCUGGGAGGAGCAAGAUCAGCAGAGCGCUGACAGCUGAGCAGGUUAUGUUGUAUGGAAUCCCUAGCUCCACUGCCUUGCUCUUCUCCGCUAACGCCAGGGUCCAACUCAUGUUCUUCUCCAAUGGCGGGACCAAAGGCAACAUCAGAUACGAUCCAUUCUUCAUGGCCAUCCCGGCCAUCUCAAGCUACUGCCAGUCCUAUCACAUCUACGGGUUCGAUGACUUUGAGAACUACGCACUGAUCAUUGCCAAGACAUCCGAGUCUGCAGGGGUAACCAUUGAUAAGAGACCACUGCACAACGUCCUGUGGAAGCCAGUUCUAGGCACAGAAUACUCCUGGGCAGAAUACAGCCUGGGCAAAGGGUUCCAGGCCCAUAGCAUGGAGCAUGGCAGCUCCCCCUUUGGCCUGCUGAGCGUCGGGAUUGGAAACCAAAAGGCGUUUGGCUCCCCAGCCAUUUGUGCCAGCAAUCCCUGCAGAGCGCUGAGCUGCCGGGAGAAGGAAUCAUGCAGGAUUAAGGACGGCCAGGCAAUAUGUUUCCAUAACUACAUGGGAACCUGCCAGGGGUCCCUGGCCUCCCAGUACUACUCCUUUGAUGGCCUGACCGUGGGCGUCCAAGACACCUGCACCUACACCAUCGCCAAGUACUGUGGCCAUGACCCCACCCUGGAGCCCUUCAGCAUCGAGGAGAACAGCACCUCCAUAGAGAAACAGGCCAGUCCCAGCCUUGGCGUGACCACCAUCCAUGCCUAUGGCUACAACAUUUCCAUCUACAAGGGUGAGAAUGGAGAAGUCAGG